CGGGCAUAGAUGGCCAGUGUGUAUAUGCUUGUACUGAUGUGCACCAUGUCCCGCUGAAAGAUGGCGCGUACAGCCACUGUAGCGACUGCACAAAGUAUGUAACCUGCAACAAUGGCUACUUGCAUGAGUGGAAUUGUACGCCAGAGAUGGAAGCAUCGAAUACGACGAUAUGCGGAACAAAUUUAACAAUAUGUUCUUCAACGAUGAGUACAUCGACGAAUAAAAAACAUUACAUGAAAGAUUACGUCAUCACACGAACCUUGUGGGCUCCCCAGAGUUUUGUCAUUGAGCUGUUCCAGGCGGAGCAUGAGGACACGACCACAACGAUCCAGCUAGAGCUGUCCAGUUAUGCUGGGCUCAGGAAGUUCCGGCUGCUGCUGGACACCUUCGUUGUUCCU